AUGUCGAUGUUCUUGUUCGUCUUCGCAUCCAACAACCUUACCGGGAUUUCACAUGGCGCCAUCACCGUUUACGGCCUCGAAAAUGGUGCUAUCACCGAGGCAAAGGCGACUUCAGUGGAUUUUGAUCGUGACGAUGGAGAGGUGGAACAUAUGGCAGCUAGCGGCACCAAGAUGAUUACGGCGAAGGAGCAUGGACACAGGGAAGCAAAGGAAAAGAGGCAUCAGGAACAAUCUUAUAUUCUAUAUAACUUCAAUAAUAUAGCCAUCAUCCAUGCAAAUCCCAGCCCGAAUUGCCUCAAUGUGAUCAUCUAUUCCGCCCAGCCCAACGGCGACAUGACAAGCAGCCCAUGA